AUGUCAGGGAACAACUUGGAGUCGGAAGAAGAAGUUCAGAAGCACCUGCCUCUGAAUAGGGAGGAGGUGGCUGUUCUGGAGUCCCACCUGGAGAAAUGGGACAAUGCUUUGGGUAAAGACAGAAACAAGGUCUGGAAGGACGCCACUAUGGAGGCUCGGUUGAAGACACCCAAGAUGGAUGCUGCCAAGCUGAGGUCAAGAAAGACUAACCAUGGUGAAAAGAAGGAUGCAAAAGCUCCUAUCAAUCUCGGAAGAAAGUGGACAUACCAGAUGGUGGUUGGUACUCUCUGGAAGAAGGAGCUUCUGAAGAAGAUUGAGGAUGAAACUGGUGUAAAGGCUGGGGAAAAGGAUAUGAUGAAGCAUUACUCUAAGUAUCUUGGGGAAAUGGUGAAGUCUCUUACUGAGGUGGAGGUGGAGGAAGCUACCGAACAGGCCGUAGAGUGGAACAAACAGGGAGUUCCUCCCGAUGUUCAAGCGGAUACAGCGAGACGAAAGAGUGAGGACAUUCUGUGA